AUGACUCUGCAAAUCCCCGAGAACGGGCUGUCUCUCUGGCGAGGAGACCAGCCCGGCCACGCCUCUCCAGACCCCCUCUCGAAACCAACCCAGAUUAUGCGUCUCAACCUGGCCCAGGACACCGUCGACGAGCUGGUCGACUCCCUCCGAAAUGACCAGAAAGCCCGACUGAAAUUGGGCAAACACCAGACCCUGUUCUACGGCUCCAAGUCGCAGCCCUUCCACGCCUCCCUCGAACACCACCGAUCCGAACUCUACCGAAUGGAUACCUCUGACCGGGAAAACCUGUACUUCUCUGGCGUCCUGAGCCACAGCCUCGAAGUCCAGAAAGCAAAAGAAGCCACCGCUGGCGCCGACGAAGCCUUGGCAACUCUCGAGCUGAGCAUGAAUGCCCUUGAACGGGGCAAGGAGUCGAAGAAAACACAGCUGGUGAAUAUCAAGUCUGAUGGCAAGCGGUCUCACACCAAAGCAGGACUGCUGAGCAAGACCGACCUCGAGAAGGAGCGUUUCUUCAAUAACCGCUCACUUCCCAACAGCCCCUCCCUCGGAGGCAUUCGGUCACCCGCCUCUGUGCCCGCCCUAACCCCGACCUCAUCUCCGCCUUCUCAAAACAAACGCAAAGUCCGCCUUGAUGCUUUGAAAGUUCCGUUUAUGCACCUCCUCGCUGUCAAGCCCAUUACUAUCAAAGACCUCGCCCGGACAACUCGCUCCUCACAGGACGACUGCCUGGAACUAGCAAACAAAUACGCAGUCCCUGUGAAAUCGAAUAAUCCUCCCACAUACACCUUGAAGGACAGGUCUUACAAAGAGCUCGAUAUUUGGAACUUCCCCUUCCCCCACGAGUCAGACCGGAAUUCAGCAAUUGAGAGGGCCAUUUCCGCUUUCGACCGACAGCGUCUUUCCGCUUCAGACAAACAUUGGCAGUUGCUCAAUUCCAAGGAAGAAAGGGCCAAGGGAAUCUGUAAAUCGAAACUGAAGCUUCAAACUGGGCCGCAGCCUCCGCAAAUCAAAGUACACGCCUCGGAGGAAACAGCAAAGGAAUCGGGCAGGGACGAAACCAUGACAGGCAACGAGACCGACCGCACCAAUGGCAGAUUGACCCCGACUGCAAUAGCUGCGGUUUCGACAAAGACUGCGCAACCUAAAAAGAAGAGUGUCCCCGCCAAGUCAAACAACUCGACCCUUACAGGGCGGGUCACCAAGAGAACCGAUAAAAAGGCUCCUGCGAAACCAGAUGGGAAAUUCAAGUCGGCAGAGUUUGUGCAUGAUUCCGACGAGGACCUCGAUAUGGCUGAUGCUCCGAUUUCUGCCCCUUCUCCCACUCCUCCUAAGAAGCAACCAACAGAAGCCCGCAAACCCGCACCAAAACCGAAAAUAGAGACCAAACCUGCAGCGAUCAAAACACCUACUGCCGCCCGCUCACCAGUGGCCAAGUCACAAGUCACAAUGGAACCUCGUCCGCGUAACCUCAAGAAAGUCCCCGCCAGUUCCAACGGCACGUCGUCAAAGGCGCUUCCGGCAUCUCGUCAGACAAAACCCACAUCGCCUACGAAGCCUUCUCCAUUAGCGUCAUCUCCCCCGACUAAUGCAUCUGACUUUGACAAUUCCACGCAAAAUUCGGGCCAGACAAGUUCAUCCAGCUCAUCGCCACUCAUGACACAAGUAUCGAGACAGCCAAAGGCACGACCAGCGACCACCACCAAAUUGAAAGAGGCUGCUAGACCGAAUGGGGUGGUCAAACCGCUACCCAAUGCACUGAAACGGAAGACGCCUGCUGAGCCGACGCCUGCUGGUCGUAUGAAUGGGGACGAUGUCAAACGUCGGCGACCACUUCAUUCACCAAGCGGCACCAGUUCCGGCAGUGCUUCACCCCCACUGAACCGGGAUAGUCUUCGCCAGCAAUUGCGGCAGAAGUCUGUGGAAUUCAAGAAGCUGUACUCGAGGUACCGCACUCUGCAUGACUCGCUUGUGAAGCAGACUGACCCGACCCCGUCCGACUUGACUCGGUUGAGGCAACUGCACAAUCGGGUUCUUCAAAUGAAGAAGGAUAUCUGGGCUGAAGAUCGACGGUUGCAGUGA